AUGAUAAUAACUGGAACGACACUAUGCCCACGAUGCCAAGUUGAUGGGUCUUGGACCGCAGAUGCACUGGUCUUUGGCAGAGGAACUGUACUUGAAUUGGAAGAUGGUAGUUCACGAUUUGGACUGUUAGUAAGGAAAACAAGACUCUCGCCUAUCAAUGCUGAGCUUGAAGCGCUUAUAUGGACUAUGAAAAUUUUCCUACAGAUAAGCAUUUUCUCCAUGGCUUUUGAAACAGAUUGUCUCCAACUAGUUAAAGCAAUUGAGGAAGAAGAGCAUUGGCCGACCUUAGAGUCGGAAUUGGAAGAGUUUAAUAUGGUUGCUAAAAACAAAUAUUUUUGA